AGAGGGUUUACUCUGAAUCUGGCAAGUGGUUGGUAAGUAUAGAGAGAUAGCGACCACCUCGCAAGCUUCGUCUUCACAGCCAUUCUCUUGCCCUAGAUUUCGAGCGAGCGGGAGAUUUCUAGAUUGAGAGCAGCUUCGAGCUUCUCCCAGUUCGUCGUUUUCUCCAAUCUUCGUUACCAGGGAUUUUUGGCAUUGGCGUUGGAGUUAUGGACUUUGAUGAGUAUGAGUACUUAGAGAAGACUGUUGAGAAUCCUCACCUGGAGAACAACGAAGUUGAAAAUGGUGGGGGUGAUGAGAAACCCAAAUCUGAAGUGAAAGAGCGGAGUAGAAGCUCAAGGCAUAGGAGUGAUGACAAGAGGGAUGAAGACGAAGAUGGUCGGCGUUCUAAGCGGUCGAGGUCGCACCACCGUUCACGAUCUAGAGACAGAGAGAGGGAUAGGCAUAGAAGUAGCCGGGACCACAGAGACAGAGAGAGAGGUGGCAGAGACCGUGAGAAGGAUAGAGAUAAAGAAGAAAGAAACGGUAAAGAGAGAGAAGGGGGCAAAGACAAGGAUCGUGACAGUAACCAUGAAAAAGAUCGGGAGAGAGACCGAUCACGUCGAAGCAGAAGUCGAUCAGAGAGACGUCGGAGUCGGGAAAGAGAAAAGAGCCAGGAAAUAGAAACUAAGGAAAGAGACACCAAGGACCGCAGACGCCAUAAAGAUAAAAAAGAGGAUAAGGUAGAGCCUGAGGCUGAUCCUGAAAGAGACCAGAGAACCGUUUUUGCCUAUCAGAUUGCUUUGAGGGCAACUGAAAGGGAUGUUUAUGAGUUCUUCUCUAGAGCUGGAAAGGUACGAGAUGUGCGGAUAAUCAUGGAUCGAAUUUCCAGGCGUUCGAGAGGAAUCGGGUAUGUGGAGUUUUAUGAAACAAUGUCAGUCCCUAUGGCUAUUGCUCUAUCUGGACAGCCUCUUCUUGGUCAGCCUGUUAUGGUAAAACCAUCUGAAGCUGAGAAGAAUCUUGUUCAGUCAACAACUGCUGCCGCUGGAGCAGGAGGGAUGCUGGGCCCCUAUUCUGGCGGUGCUAGACGUCUUUAUGUUGGUAACCUGCAUGUUAACAUGUCAGAAGAUGAUCUGCGAAAGGUUUUUGAAUCAUUUGGGAUUGUGGAGCUGGUACAAGUACCUCGGGACGAAACUGGCCAUUGCAAAGGAUUUGGUUUUGUUCAGUUUGCUCGCCUGGAGGAUGCUAGGAAUGCAGUGAAUCUGAAUGGGCAGUUGGAGAUUGCAGGUCGUGCAAUCAAGGUGUCAGCUGUAACUGAUCAAACUGAAGUCCCAGACGCUGGACAAGCCCAAAACACAGGUGAUCUGGAUGAUGAUGAUGGAGCGGGCCUGUCUCUGAAUGCACAAUCGCGGGCUGCACUCAUGAUGAAGCUCGAUCGCAGUGGAACUUCAUCAAGCACUGGCCUUACUGCAGUUCCAUCUAUUCUCGGUGCAACUUCGACCGUUUCUCCGUUGGUGGCUCCUGUUGUACAAGGGGGUUUCCCUGCUGUUGCUGGACUCGCAGGGCUCGGUGUACAUGUUCCAGCUGUUGUCGACCCAGUUGGUGUCCCCAGCGAAUGUCUACUGCUUAAAAACAUGUUUGAUUCAUCCACAGAGACUGAACUUGAUUUUGAUAAGGACAUCGAGGAAGAUGUUAGAGAUGAAUGCUCCAAGUUCGGAGAACUGAAUCAUAUCUUUGUUGACAAGAACAGCAUGGGUUUUGUCUACUUGAGAUUUGAGAAUGCACAAGCAGCAAUGGGAGCGCAACGUGCUCUCCAUGGAAGAUGGUUUGCCGGGAAGAUGAUUACAGCUACUUACAUGACUACAGAGACUUACGAGGCCAAGUUCCCUCAGAGUAAGUAGAGGGAGCUUCAUGAGAACUUAAGCCUUGUAUUCUGGUGGAGCUGAGAAAGAGUUUUUUUUUCAGUACGGUCUUUAAAGCAUCAGUGGAGAUGGUAUUUAAGAUAAUGAAGCUUUCGUCUUAUUAUUAAAGAAAUCCAAAUCUUUGACGAACGUUUAUUGUAUUAUUAAACUCUCUCGAUAUUGUGUGCGUUCGUUACUUUCUGUCUUUCAUUGAUGAGAACCCUUUUUAAGUUCAGUUUAGUAUCUUGUAUUA